AACCAACCAACCAACCAACCAACAAACCAACAAGCAAAACAAAACUUCAGCAACGGCUGUUAGUUAGUUCACCAUGAGCGAAACGAACAAGGAUGUACCCACGGAAGUGGCGAUCGACAAGAAGCCCCAAGUAGCUUCCGAAGCAAAUUCCGUCGUUUCCGUUUCCUCCUCUGCUUCGUCGAGUAGCGUGGCCAAGGAGGAUGCACCUACCGCUGAUGUGACUGCUUCGACGAAGGAUGCAACCAUGACGGAUGCUGCUACUGCUUCUAAUGGCGAUACGUCCGACAAGGAUAUGACACAAAAAGUAGAUGACUCUAGCACUGCUGCCGAGGAAAAGAAGGACGACGACGAAGCGGAAAUCCUGCUCGGAAAGAAGUUCCUCGCCUUGUUUCAAUACGUCGUUCAGGCAGAGGAAUUCCAAAAGAGCCCCAAGAGUUUCUUUUGCAAGGACUUUGACCAGAGCUCGAGUGAUUGGACAGCAAACCAUUUCUUGAUGAACGACGAUAAGGGAGAUGAUUGUGACGUUAUUCUCACUUCCUACGAGUGGGACCCUGUGACCGAGAAGCUUGGAUGGCGUGACAAGGUUGCCAAGUCUGCUGCGGCCUCCGGUGAUCUUGAUGAUGAUGCUGCCGGUUGGAUCAAGAUGCCUUGUCCCCAGACAUCGUCGGGUGAAAAGCCGAAAGUCACGGAAGAUUCCGAUGACGACUUGCGAGGGUACCUUGUACACAUCAGGGAUCGUAACUCGGCACGCUUCCCAGGCUGCAACGAAGACUUGAACAACAUGGUCCCCCUGUUGAGAUCCGACGAUAUCCCUCCACCAGCAGAAGGCUAUGAGGAGAUUCGUGCGUUUAUCAAAUAUGCUGUGGAACAUACCAACUCGUCGAGCUCGGCGUGUAUGAUGCCGAUCUACGAGAAGCUCCAUCGGUGGGAGAACAAGUCCACAUCUUUGGAGAUGGUAGUGGGAAUUGGGCAUGUACGAAUGGUAUAUACCAGCAAGAAGGAACAUCAGCCACAAAUCGUGAAUGGAUAUCUUUUCGAAGUCCCAAUGCAGACAAGUCUACAGCGAGGUGACAACGGGUCUAUGGAAAUUUGGGUUCGUCCGACAAAAGAUGCCAGCAUAUCACUCAACGCGGAAGUGAUGUCCGCUAUCAUUUGUGGAGGAGGCGGAAACUCGCAUUACAUGGAGAUGCUUGAUCGCUUGGUCGCGAAGACUAACGUAGCAUCGAUUCGCCUGGACAAUGCUGACAGCUACAAGGAGUUUCUUCAGUCAGCACAGGCUUUGAGUUGCCGUGGAGAAGUGCGGUCUGUCAACCACCCUGACGUGCAUGUUCCCCGCGAUCUUCAAGCUAUGGUAAUUACGGACGCAUGGUGUCUGCUCACCAGGAAGAAACGAAGCACUGUCUUUUCCAAGGAUGCUCGCAACUUGAUGGAGGCAUUCGAGCAGAAACAGCUCGCAAUUUCGGAACCAAUGCGUGCCUUAUUGAGCGGCCCCGUGUCUUUGGCAAAGUACUUUACUGAAGAUACCCUGAGUGAAGAGGACAGAAAGAUUCGAGAGGACCGGCUUGUCUAUACGUUGCCAGUUUCAGAAUCACAACGGAUGGCUGUCGUGAGGCUCCUUGUUAAUGGGGAGCCUGUCUUCAUUUUGGAAGGACCCCCUGGAACUGGGAAGACUCACUCAAUUGUCAACGUCGCAGCUACAGCUUUGUCGGAGGGCAAGACGGUAAUCGUGGUGUCUUCGAACUCACGAGCUCUCAGGGCUUUUCUGGAAAAGCUUCCUCCAAAGUUGCGUGCCCUCGCCUUGGACAUGUCUUGCUGCAAAGAAGAGGGAAUGCUGGAAUUCCAGCAAGCUUUGGAGACGCUCUAUAAGAAUUUUCAGAACCCCAAGACUGUUCAGAACAAAGCAAAGCUAGAGAAGCAUAUCGCCAAGAAGAAACAUGAUCUCGGGGCAAUGCUGCAGCAAGUGCAGGCAGAUAGCCAGGCAAAGCGGCUGCUCGUUGAGGACGUCAAUUUGAAUAGCGCCUUGGAGCACGUCUUGGAUUUCUCCACAAAGGCCCCAUGGCUCCUGAAAUUUGCCUUCGCUGGAGACUCAGUGGCCACGGACGUCCUCGAUAGCCUUCGCGACACAGAGGCUGUUUCAUUUCGAGGCAUCGAGGGUGUCUCAGACGACGAUGAGUUCUACACACUGGUUGAAAAGAAGUCCGCAGAGGUACUCAGCACUGUCAAUGCUUCUUCUACGUUCAAGCUUAAGUCUAUGUUGACUGAGAGCGAGAAGAAGCUAUCAUUGAUCAAAGUUGGCGGACGGACCCCGUCAUCCCCAGCCGACUGGCAAUGCGCCUUUGCCGCUCUCAAGUUUCGAAAGGCAUGCGCUGAGUACAGCAAAGAGGACAGCUUCGUCGAGGAGGAUAUCUUCUGCAAUGAGGGGACUACGUUCUUCCAGGCCGAGUUCAGUGCUCUUCUCAAACACGUGCGGGAGUUGAAAGAUGCGGUUGAUUCUUUAGCCAGCAACGAGCUUAAGCAGAUCCUCCUGGCAGCCGCCAAAGAAUCUCCUGGUGGAAGGAUGCUGCAAGAUCAAUGCCGAGAACUGACCAAGGAGAUCCAUGCGCUAGAGAGCGAGUUGCUCUAUGCGAAGGUUGUCGCUUCAUUGAAGGCAAAGUUGGACGAUAACGCUAUGAGCAUGCUGAAACAAUUGUGCCUAAGAGCCCGGAAGCUGACGGCCGGCGCCUCAACCAGCACGUCCGAAAGGUCAAGCCGGCAUUUCGAAGCCUUCACUGCGAUGUUCAAGGAAGCUGCCAAUUUUAUGCCGUUCCUUGUAAUGACCACCGAUCAAGUCAGUUCUUGUUUACCACCAAAUCAUUCUUGUGACAUUGGCAUUAUGGAUGAAGCAUCGCAGUCCAACUGUACUGCACUCACCUUCAUGGCUCGGUGUAAACAGGUGCUUGUUGUCGGCGACGACAAACAAGUCAGCCCAAGCCAAGUGGGUCUAGGCGAGGAGCGAAUCCGUGCUCUGACAGCAUGCCUCCCUGACAUUCCCACAAAGAAUCAGCUCCUGCCCGAGUACAGUUUCUUUGAUCUAUUCCAGGCUGCAUUUCCAAAGAGUUCGGCUGUCCUGUACGAGCACUACCGAUGUCUUCCGGAAAUUAUUGCCAUCAGCAACGAUCUGUGGUACUUUUCAGACCUGAUACCACUCCGCCUCGCCAGCAGAUCUGGCGCAGUCCGCAACCUUCGAGUAAAGGGCACCCGAUGCCCCAAGAAGAAAACCAAUUGGGCGGAAGCCGAAAUGAUUUCGGAUCUGAUCAUUGAUAGAAUUCGGAGCACUGCAAACAAGGACGAGUAUCAGUCUAUCGGGGCCAUAUCAAUGGGAGGAGUGGAGCAGUGCAAACUCAUCAAGGAACUGAUAGCUGAAAAGGUGGAUCCUGUCAUUGAUGACUUUGGUUCGGACGUUGUGGAUCGCCACAAUAUAUUGGUUGGCACUCCACAGGAAUUCCAGGGUGCCGAGCGAGACGUCAUUUACUUGAGCGGUGUCCACAGCAGCCCAACCAAGGCUGGACAGAAGCUCGUUGCUGAAAAGGGCGACAGCUGGAAGUCGUGGAACGUUGCGUUGACUCGUGCUAGAGAUGAACUGAUCUUCUGCAACAGCUAUGGCAUUAAGGAUGUGAAGACCUCUGAUAACCGUCAAAAGAUCCUCCGCAAAAUCUCACAGCCUGGAAAAGCAAAGGAGGAAUCCAAGCUGCUGAUGUUGGACUCUGCUCCGUUGGCAGAAAAGGUAUCUGCUGCACUAGCGUCUGCUUUGAAACAAGAAGGCUACCUUGUUGAAAAGAAAGGCGGGAAAAUUUGGAGUGAUUCGCUUUGUAUUGGUUCUCCGAUUGAUGGUGUAUCCAAUUGCGCACUCCUAUGCAUCGAGAACGGUGGCGAAUCUAAGGAUGAAUGGCAGACAGCCGUGGAUCAACAGCACUCAUUGGAGGGGGCCGGACGAGCCUGCCUUCGUGUGGACUGCCUUGGCUUUGUGCUGAACCACGCUGCAGCUUUGCAGGAUAUUCUUACCUUCUUGAACAAGAGUGGCUUGCCAAAGCCAGGUAAACACAGCUUUGAAGAUAUCGCAGCUACCGGCACGGCGAAAAAGCGAAAGGUCGAGUCAGGUGCUUAGUGAUCGAGGUGCUUCUUUGCUCUGUUUGACACCAAGACAACUAUCGUAUAAGCAGCAACGAAAAUGCAGACUUGCAGCACUAGACUUGCAGCACUUUCUUGUAACUUGCAACUAAAUGGCACUGUUCCUUCAUGGAGAUCCAUGAUGUCGGGAGCGAAGAUAGGAUGCUAUAGAUGUCAAUUUGCACAAUUCAAUCUAACUGAAAUCCUAUAUGCAUUCUCC